AUGCCCAAGAAAAAGAGAAAAAUCACAGAAGACAUGCCCAAACGGCAGUUUACAGAUUUAAACCAUUUACUUAUACAUGUAACGUUACAAGAAUAUAUGUCAACAAUUAAAAACAGUGAAGGACCUUUGCCGGUCAAUAUUUUCAAAGACCAAAUUGUACUACACAGUAUGCCGAAGGAUGAAAACCACAAAAUCCCCUGGGAAACUAAAUUUGAUAGCUUUUAUAAGCAAAUAAACUCAACUAAAAUUCUUGACAACAAACAAUUUGAUAACAUACAUAACAUAACACUAUUACAUAUUAUUAGAAAUCUCAUGAUCAAAAUGAUAUUCCUUAAAUGCUUACCAUCUACAGAAAAUGACAUUGAAUUUAAUAACAUUUUAGGAGCAAUGAUCUCCGAACAUUACAUAGAUAUUACUCGAAAUUUGUUUAAGUUAUACAUUAUCUUUAGCGUUAUGAAUGGCUACAUUGAAAACACAGGACCAUCAGAUAUUUUUUGUGAUCUUUUCACUGUUGUUUUUUGUAUUUUUUUCCCUGACAUUAUAAAACUGACACCUGUAUUGGAAUCUAAAGAACAACCUGUAAGUGUAAUUGACAAAAUGUCUGAAAUGAAAACAACAAAUGUAACACUAAAGAAAGCUAUCAAUUUGGUUUUUAAAGAGAGCAAUUUAAUGAAGCAUAUCUUUCCAGAUACAUGUACAAGGAAAUUUUAUCAACUGUCAAUGAAAGCAGCAGAUGUACAGAAAAAUGACAACUCCAAGGAAAUCCAUUUGUUCAUUCCAGAAAUAUUAGAAAUACUGGUUCAAUUUAAAGAAAAAAUUUUGACUUUAGAGUCGCGUGAAGACAACUUUUAUGUAAAUUUUAAAAGAGCAACUCAAUCAAAUAUUCUCAAACACUUGUUUAAUACAAAUUUUGUCUCUGCAAAGACAAGCCCCAAAUCUAAAAGUAAAAGUAGAAGAGAUGCAGUGGCUUUUGUACUUCCAACUAAAGACUCUGUACAUCAACUCUUAAAAGAGAUAAAUGUGGGAAUUGAUUCAGUCACUAAUACCAAAUUGCAUGUUUAUGUCUACAUCUGUAAACUGUCGGGUUGGAAUGUCUACUUCACCUGGCCACAGCAUACAGAUGGUGGGGACAGCAAACCCGCAGCUGACAAGUUGGCACAAGAUCUGCAACGGCUGCCUGGUCAGAAUCUUGUCGUCAUCUUGCUCCUUCGUGGCGUGUCCAAAAUAAGUACUAUCAAACCAGGAAAUGUGGUCCCCAUCAUGACAGUAACAACCACUAACGAUAACAGCUGUCAUGAAAAUUUGUUGCUCCCCAAAUGGCCUUUACUAGAUAACUCCCAUUGUUCCUUUGUGGAAGCCUGUGCAGCUGAAAUCAAUGAUCCCAAGAUUCAAGUCGCAGUGACUGAACCCUCGGAUUGUUGCAUCUGUGAUGCUUCUGAAUUCCAGUCUGCAAAAAGGGCCAAUCCAGGAAAGGUCAUUGCACAAGGUCUACCACUGUUCGCAGCCUUGAGGGACAGUUGUAGCAACCUUGGAGUCAUUGUUGGAGUGGCAAAGUCCCUACAUGAUGGUGAUACCAGCCCAGUGCUACUAACCCUGUGUAACUUUGUCCGUGAGAUGUGUGUCAGAAACCCAAGCAAAGUUCUGGCCAGUGCAAAGUGCAGUAAGGGGAGAAGUCCAAAGAGCAGACAAGUCCUGCCUUCAGUGCCACAGACUCCACAACCCAAUAGCUACCGACCAGGAGAAGAAGAAGACAAGCAAGUACCAAGGAUAUAA